AUCGGCAACCGCGACGCGGUCUCCAACAAUUUCUCUCAGCCCGCUCUGGCAAGCCCGAGCUCCGGUUCCUCUGGCGUUCCAGGUGGCGUACCGGUGCUCACCUGCCAUAUAAUUUUUACCUGCGUCUCUCUACUGGAUCGGGGACCAGCCGACCAAUCGGCGCGCCCGACCCUGGGGCCCCACGCUCGGCGCCCAUCUCUCGAGGGAAGGUACGCCUCGAAUAGCACGCUCAGCUCGAACUUAGUUCAGAAAUUCCGCCGUACGCAAUAAACGAACGUGAACCGAUUGUCCUGUCUGCGCAUAUUGCGCCGCGUCAUCGUGCGCCUUGCGAGUGGAUCGAGUUUUCUUCGUCGACAGCAGUUUUGCGGACCAGAAGCCAUAACAUGGAGAUCUCAGCAGCUUGGCUGCUGACCAUCUUCUUGGCGGUCACUACUAUCACGAUCGACGCUCAUACUACUGCAUCACCAACUCCAGCACCAUUCACUACGAAAACCGUUCCUACCAGCACAGAGGAUGCAACGACCGAAGCCACGAAAACAACGAUAUCUAAAAACAACUUUAUAGAUUACGCCAAACCCUUCACGAAUAUGAAGGAUAUAUUGAUGCAGGAAAUCAAAACUUUAGACAAAGACGCUUCUGAUGAUAAGAUUCAGGAAGAGGUGGCGAAGACUUUUAAAGCCGAGGCGCAGAGAGACACCACGAAUUUUCGAUUGAAGACGACCCCUAAACCGAUCAAAACAAUAAAACAAAAUGCUAUUCUGGAGGAAGGUGAAGAAUUACUAGACAAAGAUAAUUCUGGACCCUACGAGGAUCUUAGCGACGAGGAAAGCGAUAGCGAAGACGACGACGAUUUCGGCGACGAGGAGUACGAGGACGAGGACGUGGACGAUGAUGAAGAAGUUAUGACACAGUGCCCUGAUUAUUGCAAGUGCGCCGGGCAGUACGCCUCCGCAACGACUGCAACAUGCACCAAGCUGGUGAAUGAACAGUCCUUCGGGCCAAGUAUCGCUCAUCUGCGCAUCGAGAACGCCGGUGAGAUACAACUGGGACCGAACGCCCUGCGGGCUCGCGGUCUUCAGCAAUUGGAGUCCAUCACCAUCGUCGACACGCGCAUAGUCGAACUAGACCGCACGGCCUUCAAUGGCAUCACGUACCUGUUUGCCGUAAACUUGACACGCAACGGUCUGCAGGACAUCCACCCGAACACCUUCCAGAAUAACACGCAACUCAGCCUGCUUACGAUCGCCGGUAAUCCGCUUAAGCGCAUGCACGACACGAGGCCGACGAAGCAUUAUCUGCUGCACUCACCCUCGGUCACCGAUUUUGAUUUCUCGAACAACGAAGUAUUACGGUUGAAACGCACCGCCUUUUCCAAGAUGCCUCAGCUCAACUUCAUCAAUCUACGCGGUAACCGGCUAAGAGAGCUCGACGGUAUGAUCUUCGACUCGUUGGACUCGCUCAUGGAAGUAGACCUUUCAGAUAAUAUGCUGAAUGAGAUCCCGAUCGAUCUGUUCGUUGACAAAUACGUGCAAAUUCUUCGCGUUGCUGGAAAUAAUCUAUCGACGUUGGCCACUAUAAGUUCCUCGAAACUGACAAUGCUCGAUGCUUCAAGAAACAAGAUCAGGAUAAUUGGCAAAGAGGACCUGGAAGGCGUACCAAGUUUAGACCAAUUAUACGUCAAGUCGAAUAAUUUGAAGAGAAUUCAUCAGCAUGCUUUCAGCAAACUCGAUCAAUUACAAUACCUGGAUAUCAGUGAUAACAAGCUGUCCUCGUUAACCGAGCAUCACUUCAAGUCCAUUUCAAGAUUACAAGUUCUGUUGAUGAACGACAAUCCCGGUUUACAAGUUCUGCCAGUUUUCAAAACUUACGACCUGAAAUAUAACAUAUUCAGCAUCACCCGUUUCGAGUGCGCGAAUUGUGGUCUUGUCAGCAUCGAGCCAGGCACGUUUGAUGAAAUGCCGGCGCUGUCUCGGCUGAAGCUUUCGAAGAAUCACCUGACCGGCUUGCCCGAUGGACUCCUGGAUAAUCUUUCGUCUCUUCGUGAACUGGAUCUGUCCAACAAUUACAUCGCUACUAUCACACCCAAUAUGUUCCGCGGCGCAAUUAAUUUGAUCAAGCUGAAUCUCGCCCGCAAUUCGUUGAGGACAUUGCAAGUGACGCCGUUCCUAAGCCUUCCAGGACUCUCCAAGUUGGAUGUGAGUCGGUGCAAUUUGGAGCGCGUCUGGAGCGAAGCCAGAGUGCCGUUGAAGAGUCUUCGCUAUUUGUCAGUUCGCGAUAAUCUUCUACGACGAAUUACCGUCGAGGAACUCAGGGCGACGCCGCAUCUCACCGGUCUGGAUUUGUCGCACAAUCCUCUGGAUUGUGACUCCGAAUUCACCGAAGCUGUGCAAUGGCUCACCGAUCACGGCGUUGCACCGACAGAAGUAUUUGAGCUUGUCAGUGAUAAGUUUGACAUUGAAGACAUUGACAACUCCAUGGACAUCAACCAGUGGACAGAUUUGGCGAAGGUAGCUUGCGAUGGAAUCGAGGAUGGUCCACCGGCCAGAGCACUUCCUGGCAAAGACACGCACCGGAAAGACAUUCGUCUGGAUUUCGAUAUUGUAGAGGAUUCCGAUCCUUUGAAAAAUGAACUUGAUAAUGGCGAGAAGCUGACCCUCGAUCGUGGCAUGGAGCGUAUUGACGAACCGCGACUCGCGGAGGAUCAAGAAUAUGACGAGGACUUCGCGGUCACCACGGAAUAUCACACUUGGUACAACUUGAGACCUGGCUUCAAAGUCUGGCUGGUUUCCGGUACCGUUCUGUCCGUUCUGGUAGUCUUCCUGUUGGUAGCGCGCAUCGCCUGCUGCUUGGCGAACAAACGAGGACGGGGUCCCGUAAUCAGGCCACCCAUGAUCCUUCGUCAGGGCCUGGUCGACAACAAGAAUUGCGGUUUAGUGUACAAACCGCUGCAGGAGGAGAUAGCCACGCCUCACAUGCCAAAACGAGGUAGCUUCUACUCGAGCAGCGCCUUCCAUUACAACAAAAUCGUACCGGAGAGUGUAUAAGAGAACUUUCCUGAUUAAUUAAAUGGUCAAUUACGCGCCGAUCGAUAAUAUUGGCCGUGAACGGCAUGCCGUCAAAGAUCAUUUUGCGCGCCAUUCUGGCGAAUCAAGAGAAGUUCUUCAGACUGUUAUUGGGUGAACGAUGAAGCCGAUGAGGAUAAUUAGGCACCACUCCUUUGAUCAUGCAGCUCAUGAAAUAUAUAUCCGUCAAUGUAUACAUGUAUUUUUUUUGUCAGCCAAUUGUACAUUAUUUUUUCAAUGAAAAAAUAGAAAAUUAUGAGCAUUUAAUUCUACCUCCUAGAAAUGCUUGCGAUUGAAACGCAUGUUUCUUCUAGGCUUUGUCGUAUUCUCAAAGUUUAAACAAAACACGUGAUUAAUAAGCGUUUAUUGUUAUUAUAUUAACUCAAAGAUGCCUGAUAGAAUAAUAGUUACAUUAUCUUAGAAAUAUAAACCGCAGUACUGUGUUACAAUCACAUAUAAUCGUAUAUCUUUUUGUAAGAAACAACGAAAAAAUUAGAUUAUUUUUUACAAAAAGUAGAGUUAUGAAACAUUACAACAACGUACUUAUUAUUUAUAAGCUACAAGUUUGUAAAAGCUUUACUCAAUUAAGCAGUGAGUUUCGAAGCGCAAUUCAAAGAAAAGCAGUACUGCUUAGAAGCAUAUUUAAUCCAAUGAAGAUUUUACAUGAGAAUGUAACUUAAUAAUAAUAGAAAUAUUACGGAAUUUGGGCAAAAGAGUUGUAGCUGGUGAGAGACGAAUGAGAGAAUUACGUAUGACAGAUGUAAAAUUUUCUACGAAACGGAUCGAGAGAGCUCACUGUAGGAUGCCCAGUCAGAGUAAUAUAUGCCACUACCAUAAAACAAUAAUUUUUAAUUAUGAAGCCAAUACUCUCGCUCAUUGGCGAGAAUUCGAAAAUUUAUGUCGAAGAUAAUUGUUUUACGUACGUUAUGUCGCUGCGUGCGCACAAGCUUUAUUAUGCUAUUAUAUAUUUACGCUGUAAAUAAUACAAACCGUUUUAAUAAAAUUUUAUUUAGACCAAA